AUGGCCUCGAUCAAAGAAGAACAAUAUGCUAUUGCACCUGGAUCCCGCGUUCUGGUCACAGGUGCCAAUGGCUUUAUUGGUUCCCACGUUGUGCAGCAACUCUUAUCCCUUGGAUACAUUGUGCGAGGCACGGUGCGUUCCGAGAAGUCGUGGCUCGAAGGGCUUUUCGAAUCCAAAUACGGUCCCAAUCGUUUCGAGUUGAUUGUGAUCCCAGACUUGAAUGACUAUGACUCCUUGAGCAAGGCAAUGAGGGAUGUUAGCGGUGUCAUUCAUGUGGCAUCGGACGUUUCCUUUAGCCCCAAUGCUGAGGAGGUUAUUCCGAGAGUUGUUUCAGCUACCGAGACUAUUUUAGCAGCAGCCGCUAGACAACCAGAAGGAUCGAUUCAAAGAGUCGUCCUCACUUCAUCAGCUUCAGCAGCGGCAUUACCACAACCGGGAGUCGAAGGGAUUGUGAUCACUGAAGACAUGUGGAAUGAAGCGACGGUGAAGGCUGCUUUUGACGAAGGCACACCAGCAGAUGCCAAGCCAUUCACGGUCUACGUUGCUUCCAAGACGGAAGGUGAACGAGCUGCGUGGAAGUGGGUUGAGAAUAACAAGCCGCCUUUCGUGUUUAACGCGGUCUUGCCCUACUACACGCUCGGACAAGUGCUUCACCCCAAGAUAGCUGGCUCUACCAUGAAGUGGGCGGCUAAUCUGCUUCACGGUGAUAUCACCGCUUUCGGGUUUCCUGGACGUCAGUAUCAUAUCUUCCCCUGCUCGGAUACGCUUAGUGUCGAUCCGUUUACUGAUCAGCAUUCGAAAAUAGAAUUCGUCGACGUUGCAGACCUCGCGCGCAUCCAUGUCGUUGGUCUUCUUCAUCCGGAAGUCAAGUCUGAACGUCUGUUUGCUUUCGCCUCGACUUUUACCUGGAAGGAAUUCGUCGGCAUUUUACGACAGCUCCGUCCGGGUAAUACAGAAAUUCCAAGUCCUCCAGAGAAUGAGCUCCGAGAUUUGAGUGAGAUCGUUCCUGCUCGGAGAGCGAAGAAUUUACUCCAGGCAGUUUUCGGGGGUUCUGGUUGGGUUGGAUUGGAGGAAUCGAUUCGGGCUGGAAUCGAUAGUCUGGGGUACUAG